UUGUUAUUGACAGAUUAGAGAGCAUAAAAACCUCUAGACAGUCAGUUGUUUCGUUGCUAUUGUGGGAGAAGUAGAUUGAAUGAUAAUGUGCUACAGCAGUAGACAAGAAUGGCUUAUAUAUUAUUUUUCACAUGUUCCAGACAUGUUGGUGAUUCCUCAAUAAAUUUUACACCCAGGGAAUGACAGUAACCCAUUUAAAACAAAAUGGGAACUGAAAUUUAAGAUUAACCAAAUGCCAAUUCCAUCCACCGCUAAUCUCAUUCUGAGAGCAUCGUGUAGAGACGGUCGGUUGAAAGAGGCGUUACAGAUUCUGCUUGCUAUAAAGGAUACCCUAAUCAACUCUUGCACAAAUCUUUUACUGUUGCAGAUCUGUAUUGCCAGGAAUGGGCUUUUACAAGCUUACAGAAGAUAUGGCUUUCCUCAGGAGGCAUUCAAAUUGUUUCACCAAAUGCAACGAACAGGCAUUGAACCCAAUCAGUUCACCUUUGCCACUAUACUCCCAGCCUGUGCCAAACUGAGAAAUUUGGCACAGGGUAUGGAUAUACAUCAAAGCAUAAUUGAAAGAGGAUUUUUGUCAGAGGUUGUUGUUGAGAAUGCACUGCUAGAUAUGUAUGCAAAAUGUGGAAGCAUACAAAAGGCACGUGAUCUGUUUGACAUAAUGUCUGAAAAGAAUGUGGUUUCGUGGAAUACCAUGAUUGCAGGGUAUGCACAAUGUGGUGCUCUGGAUGAGGCUUUGAGACUUGUCAAAGAAAUGCCUCGCCCAGAUGUCAUCUCAUGGAGUGCCAUGGUUGCAGGAUAUUCACAAAAUGGGUUGUUUGAAAAUGCCUUGGAGGCCUUUAAGGAAAUGCAUUUGGCAGGUUUGAAGCCGAACACCACAACCUUUGCCAGCAUCCUACCAGCCUGUGCCAAAAUGGGAGAUUUGGAAGUGGGGAUGGACAUCCAUCAAAGAAUAAUUGAAUGUGGAUUUUCAUCAGAUGUUGUGGUUGCAAGUGCCCUCGUAGACAUGUAUGCAAAAUGUGGAAGCAUAGGUAAAGCGCGUGAACUCUUUGACAAAAUGCUUGAAAGAGAUGUGGUUUCGUGGACGGCAAUGAUUGCAGGAUAUGCACAGAAUGGUUUUAAUGAAAAGGCUUUGGAAACUUUUAAGCAAAUGCAGUUGGCAGGUGUAAAGCCAAACCCCACAACCUUUGCUAGCAUCCUUCCAGCCUGUGCCAAAAUGGGAGCUUUGGAACAGGGCAUGGACAUCCAUCAAAGCAUAAUUGAAAGUGGAUUUUAUUCAAAUGUGGUAGUUGCAAGUGCUGUGGUAGACAUGUACGCUAAGUGUGGAAGCAUACACAAGGCACGCGAACUGUUUGAUGAAAUCCCUCAAAGAAAUGUGAUCUCAUGGAAUGCUCUGAUUGCAGGAUAUGCACAAAAUGGCUUUUGCAGCGACGCUCUGAAAAUCUUUGAACUGAUAAAGCACUCUGGAACAAACCCUAACGAUGUAACCUUCGCUUGUGUUUUAUUAGCAUGCACCUAUGCAGGCUUAGUGGAAGAGGGAUGCAAAUACUUCAAUGGCAUGAGCGAGUUCCAUUGCAUUAUGCCCACCAUUGAUCAUUAUGUGUGCAUGGCUGACCUUCUUGGUCGUGCUGGCUAUCUUGAGGAAACUUUUAACUUUAUCAUCAAGAUGCCAGUUAAACCCGAGGUGGUUGUGUGGACAUGUUUGCUUGAUGCCUGUCGACCACAUAAUAAUAUAAGGUUAGGAGCAUUUGCAGCAAAACUUCUCUUUGAGAUGUAUCCUGACAAUGCUGCAACUUAUGUUCUUCUGUCAAACAUGUAUGUAGAAGUGGGCAGGUGGGGUGAUGCUCAAAUAGUGAGGAGUUUGAUGAAAGAUAGAGGAAUUAAAAAGAUACCUGGAUGUAGUUGGAUUGAAGACCACAAGAUGAUACAUGUUUUUUGUGCAGGAGACAGAUCACACCCACAAACACAGGAGAUCUAUGAAAAGUUGGAGAGUUUGUCUUGGGAGAUGAAGGUAGCAGGGUAUUUUCCAGAUUCGACACAUGUAUUGAAUGAUGUGGAGGAGGAGGAAAAAGAAUUCUUCGUAUGCCACCAUAGUGAGAAGCUGGCAAUUGCGUUUGGAUUGUUAAACACACCCCCUAGAACAACUAUUAGGAUCGUCAAAAACCUUCGAGUAUGUGUUGAGUGCCACACUGCAACCAAGUUUAUCUCCAACAUUGUUGCAAGAGAAAUUGUUGUGAGAGAUGUAAAUCGGUUUCAUCAUUUUAAACAAGGAAAGUGUUCGUGUGGAGAUUAUUGGUGAUGCAAAGGAAAACAACCUGUAAAAAAUGAGACUUGCACCAUAUCAGGUUUGCAGUGAUAUAGAAGGGAACAGUCAUUAUUUGCAGUUUCUAACAAGUAGUUUUCGUCUGUUUGGAGACGUAGACCAUGCUGUUAAAUUGAUAAAAUCAGACGUCCAUGAUCCAAUGUGCAUCACUGCCUUUAUAUUCUGAUAUUUGAUAUUUAUUGAAGUACUGUUUUAUGAUAGCACAAAGGUGUCAAAAAAUUGAACUGUUUUCUGGAAACCUGCAAUCUCUGGAUCGAAAAGCUAGAGUAAAAGGCAGAAAAUAGGAAAAAGAAAAGUAGAGGAACCCUUGAAGGAACUGGGAGAAUGCUUGACCAACAGAUGUUUGUCAAUUCAAAUAAAUGUGAGACAAAGGCUUACAAUUGAUUCCGUGCGCGGAGAUGACAUGGAGAACAUAUCUUGAUAGUUAUUCAUUCCAACUCUUUGUCAUUUUGUACAGCGCUUCAUUAUCUCUGUGCUUACAUCAGGUUUGCCAUUUGGAACUGAAUUUCAUGUAUGCAAAUUUAUAUAUGCUCAGCACAAAGCUUGAUCUAGAAAUUGUAGCUGUGCACAGAUCAAUCUUGGCUAUUCAUUCA